UAAGUUGAAGGGUAGACAUGAGCUUUGUUCCGAAAUAUCCAUACCUAUGAAAAGGAGGACACAGAGACGAAUUAGAUUUUCAAGCAGCCUAACCGAAAAAAGCUUUCUGAGAGAGUAAGAGAGUAUGGGACUGAGAGAGAGAGCAAGAAGGGUUAGAUAGAAAGGGGGAGAGAGGUAGAGCAAGAAUCUUUUGUUCGUAAAAGAUCUUGUUUUUAUUUUUAUUUUGUAAAGAAUCCUGUUGUUUAUAUAGAGGCUUUCUUAGAAUGCGGAAUGCCAAGUUAAGAGAUUUCAUUGUGGGAUGCACCAAGUCUGUAUCUAGCAAUCACAUACUUCAUUCAUACGGCUGCCGUCGCCCCGCCAAUUUGCUUACUUUGAUUUUAUCCGUCCCUCAAUCUUCCAUUUUUACUCGCCCUUUCUCCGGUUCUGCUGCUGAGCAGUUCUCUGAUGAUGAGUACGAGUGCGAUUUCGAGACCCAUAAGGCAUCCUCGGUGGCUAAUGUUGACGAGUGGAAAUGGAAACUUAGCUUGCUAUUGCGGAACGAAACUGACCAAGAGAUUGUGUCUAGAGAUAGAAAGGAUAGGAGGGACUAUGAGCAGAUUUCGAACCUUGCCACAAGGAUGGGACUUUACAGUGAAAUGUAUGGAAAAGUGGUGGUUGCAAGCAAGGUUCCUCUUCCUAACUAUAGACCGGAUUUGGAUGACAAGCGGCCCCAGAGGGAGGUGGUAAUCCCGCUAAGCUUACAAAGGAGGGUAGAGAGUUUACUACAGGAACAUCUUGAUAGAACUCGGCUACUUUCUGGAGAAGCCGGUGACUGUGCAGAUGAUUCUAAGCCUAUAGACCAGGUUGAUGAUUUUAGUCCAGAUGAAAAUCCAGAUUCUUUUUUAGAUGGAUCUGUUAUGGAAAAGGUUCUUCAGAGAAGGAGUUUGCGAAUGCGUAAUAUGCAAAGAGCUUGGGAGGAAUCACCUGAAGGCAAGAAGAUGAUGGGCUUCCGGAAAUCUCUGCCUGCAUUCAAGGAAAAGGAAAAGCUACUCCAAGCGAUAGCAAGGAAUCAGGUUAUCGUAGUAUCUGGGGAGACUGGAUGUGGUAAAACAACUCAACUUCCUCAGUAUAUAUUGGAGUCAGAAAUUGAAUCUGGGCGCGGAGCAUUCUGUAGUAUAAUUUGCACACAGCCUCGAAGAAUAUCUGCUAUGGCUGUUGCAGAUAGAGUGUCUGCAGAGAGAGGAGAGCCUCUUGGUGAAACGGUUGGUUAUAAAGUUCGACUAGAGGGCAUGAGAGGAAAAAAUACCCAUCUGCUCUUUUGUACCAGUGGAAUUUUACUUAGACGGCUGCUAAGUGACAGAAAUUUGAAUGGUGUAACCCACGUUUUUGUUGAUGAAAUUCAUGAGCGUGGCAUGAAUGAAGACUUCCUAUUGAUUGUGCUCAAGGAUCUUCUUCCCCGUCGUCAGGACUUGAGAUUGAUUUUAAUGAGUGCUACAUUGAAUGCGGAACUCUUCUCCAACUAUUUUGGUGGAGCACCCAAAAUUCAUAUUCCAGGCUUUACAUAUCCUGUGAAUGCACACUUUUUAGAAGAUGUACUGGAAAUGACUGGAUAUAAGUUGACUUCUUUUAAUCAAAUUGAUGACUAUGGCCAAGAGAAAGUGUGGAAAACACAGAAGCAACUUGCACCACGAAAAAGGAAAAACCAGAUUGCUUCUCUUGUAGAGGACACACUUAAUAAAUCAAGUUUUGAGAACUAUAGCUCCAGGGUUCGUGAUUCUCUAGCAUACUGGACGUCUGAUGGCAUUGGAUUUAACCUUAUUGAGGCAGUUCUGUGCCAUAUAUGUCGGAAGGAACGACCUGGUGCUGUCUUGGUAUUCAUGACUGGCUGGGAGGAUAUUAGCUGUUUGAGGGAUCAACUUAAAGCUCAUCCUCUUUUGGGUGAUCCUAACAGGGUUUUGCUUUUAACAUGCCAUGGUUCUAUGGCAACCUCUGAACAGAAACUUAUAUUUGAGAGACCUCCUCCUAAUAUACGUAAAAUAGUUCUUGCAACUAAUAUGGCAGAGGCAAGUAUUACUAUCAAUGACAUAGUUUUCGUGGUGGAUUGUGGAAAAGCUAAAGAGACAACAUAUGAUGCUUUGAAUAAUACACCUUGUCUGCUGCCCUCAUGGAUAUCACAAGCUUCUGCGCGGCAAAGAAGAGGUAGGGCUGGCCGUGUGCAGCCUGGUGAAUGUUAUCACCUCUACCCUAAAUGUGUUUAUGAAGCUUUUGCUGAAUAUCAACUUCCUGAACUUCUGAGGACUCCCUUAAACUCUCUUUGCCUGCAAAUAAAGAGUUUGCAGGUUGGAAGUAUAGCAGAAUUUUUGUCAGCAGCUCUCCAACCUCCAGAACCAUUGGCUGUCCAAAAUGCCAUUGAUUUUCUGAAGAUGAUAGGUGCACUAAACGAGAAGGAGAAUCUGACUAAUCUUGGCAAGUACUUGUCAAUGCUUCCAGUAGACCCCAAGCUUGGUAAGAUGCUAAUUAUGGGUGCCAUCUUUCGCUGCUUUGACCCUGUGUUGACAAUAGUAUCCGGUCUGAGUGUCAGGGAUCCUUUCCUUCUUCCUCAAGACAAAAAAGACUUGGCUGGUACAGCAAAAUCCAGAUUUUCAGCAAAAGACUACAGUGAUCACAUGGCUCUUGUCCGUGCAUAUGAAGGAUGGAAAGAUGCAGAACGAGAAGGGUCAGCAUACGAGUAUUGCUGGAGAAAUUUUCUCUCUGCACAAACUCUUCAAGCCAUCCAUUCUCUGAGGAAGCAGUUCAACUUCAUUUUAAGGGAUGCUGGGUUAAUAGAUGUGGAUGCAGGAGCCAACAACAGAUUAAGUCACAACCAGUCGUUGGUUCGAGCUAUCAUAUGCUCUGGUCUCUAUCCUGGCAUAGCAUCAGUAGUGCACAGAGAAACAUCCAUGUCUUUCAAGACUAUGGACGAUGGCCAAGUUCUGUUAUACGCUAAUUCUGUGAAUGCGCGCUAUCAGACUAUUCCUUUUCCAUGGCUGGUCUUUGGUGAAAAAGUUAAGGUCAAUACAGUUUUCAUACGUGAUUCCACUGGUGUAUCUGAUUCCAUAUUGAUCCUUUUUGGCGGUGCUCUUAGUUGUGGUGUGCAGGCUGGUCAUCUUAAAAUGUUACAUGGGUAUGUUGAUUUUUUCAUGGAUCCUAGUUUAGCAGAGUGCUAUUUGAAGCUCAAGGAAGAACUUGUUAAUCUGAUUCAAGAGAAGCUUCAAGAUCCUACUCUUGACAUUUACAAGGAAGGGAAAUACCUCCUGCUUGCUGUUCAAGAGCUGGUUUCAGGAGAUCAAUGUGAAGGAAGGUUUGUUUUUGGACGUGAAAGCAAGAAGCCCAAGGAAUCAAGUGAAAACAGUAGAUUUACAAAAGAUGGAACAAAUCCAAAAAGCUUGCUACAAACUCUUUUGAUGAGAGCUGGGCACUCCCCCCCAAAAUACAAAACAAAACACCUCAAGACAAAUGAGUUUCGGGCACUGGUUGAAUUCAAGGGAAUGCAGUUUGUGGGUAAACCAAGGAAAAACAAACAACUGGCAGAGAGGGAUGCUGCUAUAGAAGCACUGGCCUGGUUGACUCACACCUCUGAGAACAAUCAAGAUGAGCACAAUGAUUCCCCACCUGAUGUCACUGACAACAUGUUAAAACUUCUGGGGAAACGCCGGAGAUCAAAGCGUAACUCUGGUUGAUGAUUACUUCUGCUGUGCUUCACCUCCUUGAAGUCUGCAUGACAACUGAGAAGAAAAUACAAUUCUUGAGAGAGAUAAGUUUCUGCUGAUUGGUAUUAAAACUUUACUAUGUCUGCAUUACGGGCAAGCGAUAUUGUUUAUAGGAGAAGCAUUCUCAUUAGAUUUCUAAGUUAUUGAUAGAUGUAGUUAUAUGCCAAGGCAUCAGUGAUAGAAUGGCAGAGCAAGAUAUAUACAUCUGGAAAGCUAAGAUAUUUUUAGGCUUAAUCAUCUCCAAUUGGUUUUGGGUUCAAACUUGGGACUCACCACCAUACAGAUGAGAGGAUUCCUGUAAAGGUUGUAAAAUUUUAGGAUAAUAACAAGUUUUGAUAGUGAGACUGAAGGGCAGUUGAUAGCAAAAUUUCCAUGAACAAGAAGGUUCAAAGUUAUUCAAUUGGUAGUUGAUUCAAUAAUGUUUCCAUGUAUUAGACCUUGUCCAUUCAUAUUAUGCAUAUGAAAUCAAUUUUCAUCUCAAAGGUGAAGAGUUGAGUUGGACACUAUGCAUGAAAUGGAAGGUGUCCUUCUAUUUUUGGAUGGAUGGAUUUCAUCUUAUGGAUUUGGAUUUGAGGUAAAUACAUCGUUGGAUAUUCAAAUAACAAUGGAUUUGAAUUUGUGUCAACUUACAAAUAUUUACCAAAGGUUAAAAACUAAGGAUCCAGAAUUGACUACCCUAAUCUUGUUAUUUAAGAUCCAAAUGGAUCUCUUUCCCUCGUCAUUGCUAUCAAUCAGUAGAUCUUUCAAAUCCUCCCUGAUACUUGUGGUGCUGCUCCUUUUGUCUCCUUGGAUAGCUCUUGCCCUUGGCCUUGCUCUCACAGCCAUCUCGCCGGCGGUCUUCACUCAGGUACAAUUCUCAUCUUACCCUUUUCUGUUUAAGGUAUUGUCAGUCUAGAAAUUUGUUUAUAGUGCUGAUUGGUGGGUUCAUUUGUCCUGUUACACCAAGGUAGCGAGGGACUGAGGAUUACCUUCUGAACAAAUUUUUAACAACAAAUGAACUUUAGAUUAGGGUAUAGGCUAAUAUAGCUUCUGAAGCCCUGUUGUUGUCUAUUUAUAUCUGCACUUUUCCCUACUUCUCUGUGCUGUGUUCUUAUUUAUAUAAGGUAUAGGCUUAAAUAUAUUUGUUAAAAUUCUCCUCAAGUCUUUCUGGUUUGCAGAAUAACAUACCUGCUAACAGUUUCCACUGUGCUGGAUUGUUUGAGAAUUGGUUAUCAGAUAAAAAGCUUAUAUAAAGAUUGAAUCACAUCCCAGGAUUAGAUUCCCUGCUGGUUGAGGU